AUGCCUGAAUCCUACUGUGGGUGUUACCCUUCUUGCAGCUCGGUUCUUCGCUUCAUCAAGGGCAACGUAGAUGGAAUGAAGGUGCCUUGGUGCUACGUGGGUAUGGUGUUCUCCACCUUCUGCUGGCAUAUCGAAGAUCACUGGAGCUGCUCCAUAAAUUUCAACCACUGGGGUGAACCGAAAACGUGGUACGGUGUGUCGAGCGAGGAUGCAGAGUUAUUUGAGCGUGCAAUGCGCAAACAGGCAGGCGAGUUGUUCGAUCUGUCUCCGGAUCUGCUGCAUCACAUCACCACCAUCAUGAACCCAAAUCUGCUACAGGCCGAGGGUGUUCCCAUCUACCGCACCGACCAGCAUUGCGGCGAGUUUGUGGUCACCUUCCCUCGCGCCUACCACGCCGGAUUUAACCAGGGUUUCAACUUUGCUGAAGCCGUUAAUGUCUGUCCGCCUGCCUGGCUACCAGUAGGACGUGCAUGCGUGGAACACUACGCGGAGAUGCACCGUCAAUGCGUCUUCUCCAACGAUGAGUUACUAUUUCGCCUGGCAGAAGUUAUUGCGGGCCGGCGAGAAAUGGUCGAUUGCGCCACCUACACGGAGAUGGCGGCCGAACGCUUCCGUGACCGCGAAAGUGCCAGCCGCACUUGUUUCGAAGCGGAGGACCUCCGCAUCAUCUACGAGGAGUUCUCCACUGUAGUGGGUCGUGAGGUGCGCGCGCGCCGCCGUCUCCUUCCACUGUGCGCCCGUGCUGUUCAGUUCCGCAUUGAUCGCAUGUCGGAGCACGCUGCCGGUGAUGAGGAUGAGGAUGAUGACGAACGCAUCUGUGCGGUGUGUCAGACCACACUCUUCUUCUCCGCCAUCGCUUGUCCCUGCAAGGCACCUGAUCUGACCGCUGAGGGCUCGCGUCCACCCCGGAUCCUGGGGAAAAAACGUGGAUCUGCUCCGGCGGCGCCGAGUUGUGCGGAUGGGAAACCAAAGCAUGCGUUCAUGGUGUGUCUGGAUCACGUGGAGUCAGUAUGCGAGUGCUGUCCGCUGUCGCAGUGCACCCUCUACUACACUCACAGCCUGGACGAAUUGGAGGGAAUGCGUGACGCAGUUGCCGCUCGAAUGGAUGCCUACGCAGCCUGGCGACGCACCUUCACACCCUUUUUCAUUGAGAAUUCCGCCCCCACACCCGUCCCCUCUACAGCCCUCCCCGCCCCCAAGGUCACUCUGGACGUCUUCGAGGUAAAACUCUUUGCCUGUUUGUUCAUCGGUCGAUCGGUACACUGGUAUCCUGACGUGAAAUACGGAGGAGUUCAGAUCACCUCGCAGCCUCGACAACUGAAGGACGCAUAUUUGUUCGGCUACCACACGGAUCAGCUCUACAAACGCGCGAACAGCUAUCUGGAAGGCGUAAAGGACCUCCUAAGAGUCUGUGAAAGGGCGUCAGACUUUAUCCUCGGUCGCAACUCCCUGCCUUCCACCACAUUCGAAGUCGUGGAGUCUGAAGCCGUGAGAUCGUUGAGAUCACAGCAACAGCAGCAGCAAAAGGAGGUGCAUCUGCUGGAGUUCCAGUUAAAACGACACACGGGGACAUCUUCUACCAGAGGAGGUGGCAAAACUGUUACCCACAUCCUUCAACGCAGCAUUGAUUUGAAAAACCCACGAGAAGCAGAUUUCCUCAGCCUCCUUGAAGCCGUAGAAUUGGAGGAGGCGUCAGCUCCCAUCGACUUGACACGAAGAUCCAACCCAGAAGGCACUGCUGAAGGAGAGAAUGAGGACGAGGUACUACCUAGUUUGGCAAAUCUUCGACGUCUUUUCCAUCAUUGUUUGCCGAAAUGGCGCGCGGAGGUGUUGGCGGCAGUGGAAGAGGACGCUGUACAGCGCGACGGUCUUGAACACUCCCCCCUGUCCCACCUCCAGUCCCGUCUUGAUCUCCUUGUACGCCAACUACGCAACGAAUUUCCUGGUUGGUGUGACCACUCGGUAGAGGUUAAAACUGUUACCUUGAUGGAAGAGGUAUGUCGAUGGAUUUCUGCCUCGGGUGAAGGUGGUGGUGAUAUUGGAGGGCACUGGUGCAGCCUUCCAGGUCUCCGUCAAUACCUCUCGCGGGGCGAAGAACUUGUGUCCCGCCUCACCUCCGCAUCAGACAUCGCCGCCAACGCGGACGCGAACGUUGAUAGUGGCACUUUGCGGAAUACUGGGACUCGUCGUCACCGCGGAGAUGGCGACGGCAGUGCUGAUGGCUCCAUUGCAAACACCUCUCCACUACCCACUGUCACGGUGGCUUGUCGGCCACUACUAGAACAGCUCAAAGCUCGCAUCAACACCGCCAUCUCUGCUGCUUCCCAAUUCUUUACCCAGGCUCGGUCCGCGUUCUCAGUGUUGGUGGAGAAGGUGGAGGGUCUACACCUGACAGAGUGGGGAGCCAAGAGCAGCCUCUCUGCAGUGGGACAGAGUCUGACCAAUCUCGCUCGCUUCGGUGUCCACAGUGUGUGCGAGGAAGCGGAGAAGGAACUGACCAGCCUGGCUGACGAGACAGGACUGGCGCAAUGUCUUACCACGUGUCUUGCUGGGCCCACUGAAUCUGACCAUCAGCGCUGCCAUCUGCGUGGUGGGGCGACGACAGCGGAGGGUGAGGAGGAUUUGGUAUCGUCCACUGCACGACUGGUUUUCGGGUGGUGCGCCCAAGUGACCAACCACUUCCUCGCGAAUAAUGGAUGUUCUGCGUGCCCAGAGAAGCCUAAGUCGUGGCUUUACUACCUCUCAGAUCUGAUUGCUGUGGAGAAGUUCAUUUUGGGCAAUGAUUAUACCAAGGAGGGAAACUCAUGUGCUACACUUCCUUCAGAACUAGACCAAUGCCGACGUAACUUUAACGCCUUCUGCAACCUUCACUUAAAGGGUUUGUACAAUAUGGCGGGUUGUUUCGUUGAUAACGUCGAUUCUCCCCUGCCGCUUGAUCUCUUCAAUCUUAUUCUUGAGGCCACAGUUUCUUCUUCCAUCAAGAAUGACACUUUGCUCCAACUCCAUCAAGCGACCUUUGAACGUGAUUUUGAGGGCUUCGAGCACCUUCUUAAGACUUGCUUUGAAGCAUACAGUACCAAAGUUCGCUCUACUUUGGCAAACAUCAAUGUCGGGGACCUGUGUCGCGUGUGCCGUGAACGUCUUGGAUUCACCGCGACUGAUGUAAGUCCACCGGAUGCCUGUCCUCUGUGUCCCCUUCUACCAGCGCGUCGGGAUGUCAAGUUGUUGACAGUGGCGGACUUGACGCAAUCAACGGAGACAGAUACGUCUGAUUCAUCCGAUCAUGCCUCACAGAGUCUUCUUCGUUCUGUUACCAGCUGCACUCGUUUCAUAGAAAAUCGCUACUGUACUUGGUUGACGGAGAUUGACAACUUUGUGAGCAAAAGUUCGGAGACGGCGGGUCAGUUCUUGUCUGGACAGUCAAACGCUUUUAUUGAUGGGUUGCCCGAUCCACUGAAGACCACGGCUUCAGCAUUGUGUGGCAAAAAGGUGGAAGCCGUGGCUCCUGCAAAUCUUCUCCAUAACAUCCUCCUCCCCCUUCUCAUUGAGGGCCAAACUCUGUCGGCAGUUAUCAAGCUUCCGCCGGCGUGCAUGCAACUACUGCGGGGACUUUUAGCCUUCUAA